GGUUCCGGCCGCGCGGGGCCCUGUCCUGCCCGCCGGCCUCGCGCGCAGGCACGCUCAGGGCAGCCUCGGCGGGGUCCUCGUGGCCCGCCAAGAUGGCUGCCCCCGCCGUGCGGGCUGCGCGAGGGUGGUCAGGCCUGGCGCUGACCGUGCGGAGCGCCGUCCUGCGGCUUCCGGGGCUAACCCAAGUGCGCUGCAGCCGCUAUGGGCCCGAAUACAGGGAUCCCGAGAUUGACAAGGACUAUUACCACAAGCCCUCGGCCGAGCUGACUGAGGAGGAGAGGUAUGAGCGGGAGCUCAAGAAGACUCAGCUCAUCAAAGCGGCCCCGGCGACCAGAGCAAGCUCUGUGUUUGAGGAUCCAGUGAUCAGUAAAUUCACCAACAUGAUGAUGAGAGGAGGAAACAAAGUGCUGGCCCGCUCGCUCAUGGCGCAGACGCUGGAAGCUGUGAAAAGGAAGCAGUUCGAGAAGUACCACGCCGCCUCUGCGGACCUCCGGGCCACCAUCGAGCGCAACCCUUACACCAUCUUCCACCAAGCACUGAAGAACUGCGAGCCAGUGAUUGGGCUGGUGCCCAUCCUCAAGGGUGGCCAUUUCUACCAAGUCCCUGUCCCGCUGGCUGACCGGCGCCGCCGCUUCCUGGCCAUGAAGUGGAUGAUCAGCGAGUGCAGGGAGAAGAAGCCCCGGCGGAUGCUGAUGCCAGAGAAGCUGUCGCAGGAGCUGAUAGAGGCGUUUCACAACCAGGGUCCUGUGGUCAAGAGGAAGCACGACAUGCACAAGAUGGCUGAGGCCAACCGUGCCCUGGCCCACUACCGCUGGUGGUAGGGGUGGUGGCCGCUCCCCGGGCCCCGUGGCGCUCUGCCCCAGUGCAGUCUGGGGCCGAGGCGGGCCCAUUUUCGGGAGGGCCGCCUGCCCUGGGGUUCGCUCGUUAGCUUGUUCUUUGGGGGCUAGAACCAUGUUCGUGCCCAUCUCCCUGCAGAAAGGAAGCCUAGCGCCUUGGAUUCCCCCCAAAACCUUGGGGUCCACCCAGUCUUCUCUUUCCUUGGCUUGGGGUAGACCUGGGUGAUAGGAGAGGAGGCAGCUUUAGUAUCAGAAACGGUUUAUUAGAAAAGCGCGCCCUGAGCUGCUGCAGCGCUGUGCAUUAAAGCCGACCCGGUUCCUGUA